CGGUGGCCACAGUGAGAACUGGGUUACGAACGUCAGUGACCGGACUGGUCAUCCUAUGACCAGCUCACUGUCGCCCAAAAUAGAAAAGAGAAGGCGACCGGACUGCUUACAGAUCGGUCGAUGAAUCACAAAUACAGCCACAAGCACAAACGGUUCAUGGGGUACAGACAAGCAAAACGUCGUUUGGUUCAAGGGACAUAACUCUAAGCAUUGUGUGUAUGAACGUGACGGGUGGUCUCCCCACGCCUCAAUAUGAGCACAUGUAAACACGCAGCAUCACGAUCAAGAUGAAGAAGUUUGCAAUUAUUGACUUUCAAGGAGAACAGGGGCCAGAAACCAGCAUUGUCCCGAGCACGUGGAUUGAGAUGGAGACUGGACAUUGCUACUGGCCCGACCAAAGCGAUUUGAAACGGGCAGUAAUAGAUUGCUUGGUUCCCCGGGAGUCUUGGAGUCUAUAUCCUUUUAAAGGGAUAAAAUAUGAGACAGAUGAGUAUCCAAAGGCAGCGGAAAAACUAAAAUUACUGCUGCAAGGAUUUUCGGAUAUAGGAAGCCAUUCAGAAGACGGCCAUCCCGGCAACAGGCGGAAGCGUCUGGUGCACAAAAAAAGGUACUUGUCUUCGUCUGACUCAGAUGAUGAUAAAGCAGCGUUCUCUUCGCAGCCAUCUAAGAAAAGUCGUGUGAACGAGAAUGCCCGUCUUCAUUGUCUUCCUACCUUGGAGUUGACAGAACAUUUGGGCAUGGAGCCGUGGGCUACUGCUCGACUUCAGAGCAUGCAGCCAAGGCCUGAAGCUGAACCGUUACGCUCGCGGUCACGGACUGCUAGAUCACCAUACAUACGCACACGGCCUGCAACAUCAUUAACCAGCAUGCAGACAUUUGAUGAUUUUUCAGACUAUUACUCCAGUGAAGAUCAAACUGACUCCGGCUUUGGCUCAGUUAAUUUUACCGAUACAUUUUUGAGCAGACUUAUCAGCAAACUUGAAGAGCAGAGUGAAGUACUACAAAAUGUGGCCCACAGACUGAAUCAGAUCACGCUGCUUUUGCAAAAUGUGGGGGAAGGGGCGAUAGGUAUAGCAGGGAUGCCUGAUGGUAUAUCCCUGCCCUUAGAUAAUGAACAGGAAGUUGAGAGGAUGGAGGAAAAACUGACGGAGAAGGAAUUUAGAACAAAAUUGGUUAAGCACCUGUCGUACAUUGGAGGAGACUCUGUCGUCUCUCUUGUACGGAGAAUUUUAAAGCAUCUGUUUUCUUCGGAGCUGGCUCUAAAAUAUAAUUUUACUGGGGUUAAAGGAAAAAAAAGUUUCCAGUCACUUCAACUGAGAAAUGUUGUAAUCGCCGCAGUCCGUAAAACCUGUUCUACAACAGAAGCAGAAGUGGAUAGCAUUGCCCGAAAAUGGUUUGGAAAUGCAAGAGACAGGUUUGGAGGAAGGAAACGAAGGGCAAUGCCAUCUAAUGGAAUUCCAUCACUCAUGGGUUGAUUUUUUGUCUUAUUUUUUAAAUUAUCUUUCAUCUUGUAUGUAAAUAAAUAGUUUGAUUUUUAUGUUGUAAAUAUUAUUUUCAGAAAUAAUUACCACUUUCAUGCUGUAAAUAAUUAUUAUUGACCUCAAUUUUUGUGUAAAUAAGUUAUUUUUUGUUGUACAUAAUUUGUUCAAAAACAAAUUUUAUGCUGUAACUGUUGAAUAAUAUACUUUUUGCUGUAAAUAAUUAAAUUGUUUAGUCGUAUAUCUCUGCCUACUAGUUGUACGUAUUUACCCAGGUCGAGUGUAAGAGCAUGCAUGUAAUUGAAGGUGUGGAAACAAUGAGAUUUUAAUAAGCUGUUGAAUGUUUUCUGCGUGGUGUUCCACCGUGUGCUAGUGGAGGUAAUUAAAGAAGUGCAAGACUGGGUGAGGGAUGCAUUCGGAGCUUUGAAUGGUUGAAUGCGGCCUACAAAAUGGAAUUUGCAGAUCUCAGCCCAGAUGAUGUCUUGCAUGCUGGGUUCGUGCUGACAGCAAAUUGAAAUAAGUAUGGGGUCGACAUUGGGAUUUUCACACAAAUGACCUGUGUUCAAUCAGCUAUAUAUCUCAACACUUGAUUGUGAAUAUAAAAGUGACAGCUCACAGCUUAACGGCGACGAGAAAGACAAUCAGUGUCAACUCGAACUUCUAUACCAGGCUUGGUGAAGAGCAAUAAUGUACCAAAAAAAAAAAAAGACGCGUGCUGCAGCGUCAGAUAUUGAUUUCGAAUUAACAGCCGGCGGAGGGAACAAAAUAUACAUUAUAUUAUAAAUGUAUUUUAAAGAUCAAUAAGCUGUCUUGUCACACAAUAUUAUUUUGAUACAGGAACGAUCGUUUGAGAAGCAGAGAUGUGCAGAGGGAUGUUUUGCCUAUUGCCAUUCAAGUUUACUGAUAUAUAAAUAUGCUUGUCAGAUCCCACAUAUAAAUAAAAAUAGCAAUAAAUAAGAAAUACUUUUCGUUAUAGUUUUGACGAACGACCAUUCUACACCUUCCGCUCGCUCCCCAAACACACGUACACGCACGCGCGCGCACG